AUGAAGUUUCUGUCGUUUUUUUUCUUAUCGUUUAUCUUCCUUCAGUUGAUAUAUGGGAAAAAGAUAUUAAAUUUUGAAAACAUUAUUAAACAUCUUAAGGAAAGCAAAUUAUUGCCGGAUGAUAUUCCUCACCUUUUAGAAAAUGACAUAAUUAUUGUGCCUCCUUAUUUAAUCUAUAAAUAUAAAGGAAAAAUAUAUCACCUACAUAAUAAUGUAGAUGUUACUUUGAUAAACCAUCCUGAAGAAGAUUCAUGCGAUAAGGAAGAAAUUUGGGAAUCUCCUUUUGCUCCUAAAGAACCUGAACAGGAACGACCUCAAGAACCUGAACUGGUACCUCAGGUUGAACCCGAAUCGGGACCAUUGCCUGAAGAGGUGAAAGAACCUGAGCCUGAACCUGAACCAGAACCAGAAUUAGAAGUUCGAGAAGAAGAAGAAGAAGAGGAAGAGGAAGAAGUGAUUGAAGGUGAUAUGGUAUUAGACGAAGAAACUGGCAUUAAAAUCCCUAAAAAGACAGAUCAAGAUAUUUUAGAUGUAAGCAAAAUUCGAGAUGAAUAUGACUUACCUAAAGUUGUGGAAUUAACAUCUGAAGAGAAAGAAAAGAAUAAUAUUUUACAUUUUGCAGGUAAUAAAAGUACAGCAUUUAAUUUAAAAGAGAUUAUAAAUUAUAAAGGAGAUGAGAGUGUAGUAAAUAGCUUAGCUAGUUCCUUUGAUCAUUUUUAUACUCCUAAUGUUGAAGAAAGAAAUGUAAGUAAUGCUUAUAAUGUCGAUAUUAAGGAUUAUUAUGAUUUAUUAAGAGCAUUACAUAUAUUAUGUAAAGAGGAAGAUAAUAAAUUAUAUACAAUAAAUAGAAUACCUAAGGAUGAGGUAUUAUUUUUUCUUAAACAUGCAUAUGUGAAUAUAUAUAAUUCUUUAAAAAAAUACAUUUUAUUAAAUGGAUAUAAUUUUGAAGAUUAUAUAUAUUCGUCUGAGAAUUUUACUUUAGAUCAAUUUUUUAAAGAUUAUUUUUUUUUAUCAAAUGAUGAUACUAAUGAAAAUGGUACUUUCAACAAUAUAAUUGAAAGUAUAAAAUAUAUAAAAAAGGCCAAAGAAAAAUUAAAUGUAAAAAGAAUAGAAGAGAAGAUAAAAUAUUUUUUUCAAAUAUAUAAGGUACAUGCAUUUGAUUUUAAAUUAUUGCAUUAUCUAUUUUCUAGACAUCAAAUAAUAAAUUAUAAUGAAGAUGAUUUAAUUCAUCAUGUUGUAGAUAUUAUGAAUAUUACAAGGGUAGAUAUAUCUCCAAGAGUUAUAUCUGCUUUAUUUAUGUAUUUCUUAAAUAAGGUAAAUAUAUUCUUGGUACCACAAUAUGCAACAAUAAAUAAAAAAAACGACUUUACAUUAUUAUUGGAACAUAAUGAUUUAUUAUUAAGAACAGAAAUAAUAUAUCGAGAUUUUUUAAGACAUUUUUUUAAACAUAAAUUACCACAUGUAAAGUUGAAGAAAAAGAAUCAUGAUAAUGCUUAUCAGUUAGUUCCAUGGUCUCAAACAUUAUUUAGUGAAUUUAAUAGUACGUAUGACUUUUUACAUUUUAAAUAUUUGAUAAUAUUAUUUCAUGAUAGUUACUAUGCGUUUGUAGAUUAUUUUGAAGGAAAAGAUAAAUUAAAUCAAGUACUAAAAGAUAAUAAAGAAAAUAAGACCAUAGAUAAUUUAGAUAAAUUUUUAAAUGAGUUAUUAAAUUUGUUUUUAAUAGAAAAGGUAGGAAUAUUAUCAACAUUAGAAGAAUAUUUUGUAAGUACUGUAAAGCAAGUUGGACGAACAUUAUCAGAUGAUCAUCACUUUGAUUCUUCAGAAUAUCCAGAUAAUUAUUUUACUCCAGAAGAAGAAGAACAAGCAUUAAAAGAUUUUAAAGAAGAAGAGUAUUUAGAACAUGAUUUUGAUCAUAAUGAAAAUGAUAUGGAUCAUUAUUAUGAAUAUGAAGGUGAUUUUGAUAGUUAUGAAGAAGAAGAAAAUGAACUCAGAAAAUUUAAAGAAGAUGAACCUGAAUUAUUUCCAAUGAAUGAAACUCCAAUAACAGACGAUUACACAUGGAAUGAUGAUACAUUGAAUCAUUUUGAUGAUAAACAAACAGAAGAUCAUGAAUCUUUUUAUAUAUCAGAAGAUGAAGAUAAUUUUAAUCAUCCUCAUGAAGAAGAAUGUGAUAUGGCACAUCCUGAAGAGGAAAAGGAUGACGCAUAUAAUGUAGCUGGUGGGGAUGACGACGACUCUUUUUUUACGUAUGAAGAAGAGGACGACGUUGAAAGGAAUGAUGAUGUUGAAAGGAAUGACGACGUUGAAAGGAAUGACGACGUUGACAGAAAUGACGACGUUGACAGAAAUGAUGAUGUUGACAGAAAUGAUGAUGUUGAAAGAAAUGACGACGUUGACAGAAAUGACGACGUUGACAGAAAUGAUGAUGUUGAAAGGAAUGACCAUAUUGAAAGUAAUGAAGAAAAUUCUCAUUGGUCUGAAGAAGACGAAGAAAAUAAAAAUUCAUUUUUAUCCUACCAUAAACAUGACGUAAAAGAUAUAUCACCUCACAAUAUGAAUCAACAUAAAAAGGAAUUAUUUGGUCAUAGUUAUAUAACACCACAUUAUCUUGAUCAUCCAAAAAAUAUUAUAGGUCAUCACAAUAAUAAUGUAUAUCACAACCACAAUAUAAAACAUUACAGAAAAAAAAAUGGACAACAAAAUAACAAUAUAGACCACAAAGGUUAUAAUAAAUUUUAUAAGAAACAUCAAAAUAAUGUACUUGAUGAGUCCUCAUUUAUAACCCUAUCAGAAGGAGAAGAGAAGCAUGACUACAGUAAAGUGAGAAAAAAAAUUGAAGAGAAUCUGAAAGAAGAAUGGAAAAAAAGAUUUAACGAAGAAAAAGAACAGAGAGAAAGAAAGAAAAAAACAGAAGAAGACGAAAUGAAUGAGACUAUUCAAAAACAUGAUAUGGAAACAAGCAAAUUAGAAAAAAAAGAGGAAGUAGAUGAAGUAACACAAGAUGAAGAAUUCGAUAAACAAUAUGCAAAAGAUGAUCUAGAAGAAUUAGAAUUUUUACGAACUAGAGAUGCUGAAGAAUCUGGAUCCGAAUCUGAUGUUGGAAAAGGUGAAGUAAAAUAUUUAUCAGCUAGUAGAAGUCCAGAUUCUUUUUAUUAUAAUACAGCUAUUAGUUCAUUCCAUGAAAAAAUGGAAGAACUUUAUAAUACAUCUAUAUCCAGUAGUUUAAAUUAUGUUAAAGAAAUUAAUCGAAAAUUUGAUGAUGUAUAUAGAGAAUUAAAAUCUAAAUCGUAUCCUAAAUUUGAUGACUUGACUAGCCAAACAAAAACAAAUUGUAAUAAGUUAUUUCAAAAAUUGAAUGAAUCUAUAAAAGAUAAAGAAUAUCAAAAAAAUAUAUUAUUAUAUAAAAAUAAAGUAAUUGAUAUAUUAGAUGAUAUUCAAAAAAAAGCUAAUGGAAAAUAUAUUAUUAUUCAAAGUCUAAUAGUUGAAAAAUUAGACUUAUAUAAAAGUGAAGUUGUUCGUUUAUCUGAUCGUAAAUUUUAUAAAAAUUUUAGAAAAGUUUUAGGUAAAAGAAAAAUGAAAAUGUUAGAAGAUUUUAGAGCACAGUUUAAAGAUGCUCUUCGUUUUAUAAAAGACAUGACUACAACAUAUGUUGAAGAAGAAUAUACAAAGGUUUUAGAAGACAUAUAUAUGGAAAAAAAAAAAUAUUAUAAAGAACAAUAUUCAAAAAUGAGAAGAAUUAUAUCAAGUAAUUUAGAUUAUGAAGUUAAUAAACAAAUUAAAGAACAUUAUCAUAAAGUAGAUACUAUAUCAGAACACAAAUUUCAAGAGAUAAGACAACAUAUGAGAGAUAAAAUUGAAAGUACUAUAAAUGAGUUGUAUAAAGAAGUAUAUGUUGUAAUACAAGUAGAUUUAGCUCUUUAUUACAAUCAACUAGAAAAUCUUCAUUCUGAUCUUUUCCAAGCAUUACAACAGAAUAAAAACAUACCUAGACAUUUAAAUGUUUUAGAAAAAAAAUUGGAAAUAACAAAAAGGAAAAAGAAAAAUAAAGCAGGUUCUUUUUCUGCUAGUCCUAAUAUGUUAGAUUUACAACAUUCAAGCGAUACUUCAAUUGUAGAAUCACAAAGAAAUGGAGAUGUCAUUAAGUCUGAAGAUAAUGAGGAAAUGUUAUUAUUGGAACAAAUUCAAAGUUUAAAAAACAAAAUGGGUGAUAAUCAAAAUGAAAUGGGUUCUAUUCUAGAAAAGUUAGAUAAUUUAAGUGAUCAAUAUGAAUCACUACAGAACAAAUUAAAUGUAGUAGAAGAGAUAUAUAAAAACUUAAGACAUUUUAAACAUUAUGUAGAAAAAUUAUAUAAAGAAAGUAAGAUACAUAGAGAGAAAUUUAUAACCAAAGUAGAUGUAUUAUCAAAUGUAUAUUCUACUUUAGAAUAUCUGGUAAAAUUUUUAUUGCAUGAUUUUGAAGAAUGGUCUUUUGAAAAGGAGGAGUUGGAGAAACGUUUGUAUGAACUUGAAGAAAGAAAAAAAUAUGUUACAUUAGAAAUACAAAUAAGAGAUACAUUAUUUAAAGAUAUACAAGAUUUGAAAAGUGAAUACAUAAAUGUUAGUAGUAAUAAUAAUAUUAGGAAUAAUUUGAAAAAACAAGUUUUAAAAGAUCUAGACCUGGAGAUAAGUAAACUAAAGGAUCAGAUAACAGAAGUAGAUAUAAAAAAAAAUAUUGCAUUAGAACAAAUAAAUUAUCUAACAAAUAAUAGUAAUGAGAUAGUUCCAGAUAUUAUUAGUGGUCUUAUGCCUGCUCCUAGAAUAGUUCCAGUAUCUGAAGAUAUAUAUGAUUAUAUAACAUGGAUAAGAGAUAAUACAGCUGUAAUAAAUGACACCUUAAGACAUUUUGUUAUGAGUUUUGAUCAAAAAAUAUAUGAUUAUGAUGAUAAUAUAAUAUUUGUUUAUAAUUUUAAAGAAUUAGUAUAUAAAGAAAAUUUAUCUGAUGAAAAAUAUAAUGCUAAUUAUUAUUAUGAAUUGAAUAGAUUUUAUUUACAUUUAGAAGAAUUCUAUUAUAUCUUUAAACAUUAUAUAGAAUUAAAAAAGAUAGAGGAUUUAGGAGACGUGGUAACUGCACCUUUGGAUGGAAACAUAAUAGUAAGUAAGAGUUCAAUGAUAGAAGUUCAUUCAAAAGACAAGGAUAAAAGAGAAAGCAUACAAUAUUUAGAAAGAAAUAUAUUACAUAUAUAUAAUAUAUUAAAGAAUAUUAAGAAUAAUAAUAUUCAUUUGUAUCAUUAUCUAGUACCUGAUUUAAGUAUUAUCUUGAUAGAUCCUGAUGAGUUUAAAAAGUUGGAAGGUGAUGAGAAAAAACCUGAGCUUAUCAAAUUACACAAAUAUUUGUUGGAUACCUAUACAAAUUUGAAGAAAGAGGGAGAAGUGGUUAAAGAAACAUAUAAGGAGUAUAUAAUUUAUCACAAUCACUUUGAGCAUACCUAUGAUAAAUUGUUGUGGUAUAUGACUAUAUUGAAGCGUUAUAUAGAUAGAAGUAAAAGAAUAUAUGAAAAGUCAUAUGGAACCCCCGUUGUGUCUCACAUACAAAUAUAUGAUAAUAAAGGUAAAAGUAAAAUAAAAUAUAAUAAUAAUAAUAAAAAUAAUUAUAAUAAUAAUAAUAAUUAUAAUAAUAAUUAUUAUAAUAAUGUUUCAUAUUUUCAUUCGUAUGCUCAACUGAAUUAUCAUAAUAUGCCAAAGGAAGGUAGAGAAAAGAUAUUUAUGAAAUCUCCAAUUUUAAUUCAAUAUGAUAUGCAAAAAAUAGUAGAGUCUAAUGAAAAAAGAUAUAUUCGAGUUAUUAAGGAUCAGAAUAAUUUUCCUUACAAACUUGGAGAGAUAAAAGAUACAUAUGUGUUGAAUAAAAAUAUAUAUGACAAAUAUGUAAGAACAAAAAAAUUGAAUGAAUACAACAAAUAUAUGAAUAAUAAAUUAUAUAAUAUUGUAAAUGAAAAUAAAAAAGGGAAAUUAUAUUUAUUUGAUAAAGUAGAACUUGAAAAAUAUCAUAUAAUGUUUGGAGGCAAAUCAUUAAUUAAAGGUAGUUUAUCGAAUUUUUUGUCUCAUAGUAAAUUAAAUAUAAAUAAGAAUUUACUUAUAAAUCAAAUAAAUGAUACUAUAAAUGAAUAUUUAAAAAAAAGUAAUAUUAGUUAUACAUCUAUAAUAGAGUUGAUAAAAUAUUUACAAAAGACUCCAAAUUCUAUAAAUAUAAUAGAUUUGAUAAGAAUAGGAAAUAGAAUAUUAGAAAGUUCUAAUAUAUUAUAUAUAAACAAAGCAUGGUUUAAUUUAUAUUUAUAUACAUUAUUUGAAUUGUUGGGUAUAGAGAUAAAUAUGGAAAUUUUAGAAUUACAUGAACAAAGCGAAUUGAAAGAAAAAAAAGAGAAUAAUUAUAAUAUUAGUUAUAAAUCUUAUAUAUUACAAUAUUUAUAUAUCUUAAGAAAUUAUAACAAAAGGAUUGAAAUAAAAAAUAAAAUACAAAAUUAUGUUUUGAAAUUUUUAUUACCUCAACAUACAUUUGAGGUUCAAGAUUAUAAUCCUCUUUUAUAUGAUUUUUUAAAAUCAAUAAAUGAUAGUAUGGAUGGAGAUUCAUCAACAUAUGAACAAUUUAAAAAGAAGAAUGUCGAAUUUUAUGGAACCUUAAAAAGUGUUAUAAAAAAAGGUAUAGAAGAUUUUUUAUAUUCUACAUUUGAGAAGAUUAUAGAAGAAAAUCCUCAAUUAAAAGAAGAAUUAUAUUUUGAUGAUAAUUAUAAUGAUGAAGAAAGAGAUCGUUUUAGAUUUGCUAAUUAUAUAUGGGAUCGAGCUAAUUUGAAUGAAAUACUGACUUUAUAUUUUUAUGUAUUAAAUCCUGGUUUACGUUCUGUUAUAUAUAAACAUUUUAUUAAAGUAAAUAUAAAAUGUUUAAAAGAUUAUACUAAUUUUGAUUUUAAAGAAUUUUUUUCAUUUUUAAAAUAUGAUGAUAUAGGUGCUACUUUUAUAAAUUAUUUAAAAGAACAUGAAUUAUUUGAAAUACCACCUUUAAUCAUAUUUUUACGAUUUUUUUUUAAUAAAAAAAAUGAAGAAUUAUUUACAUUUAGUUAUAUUAGAUCGAAAAUUAAUUCCUAUUUUGAAGGGAAAACAUUAGAUAGAAAAACAAAAGAAAUGAUAGCAAUAUUAGUAUAUUCCUUUUUUAUGAGAAUAUCUUAUUUGUCUGUUUCUUAUUUUGAUAAUGAUAUAUUCAAAAUAAUAAAUAAAAGUGAUUUAAAAAUUUUAAUAUUAUUUCAUACAAUAAUAAAUAAAAUUAAUUAUUUAUUAUAUUGUGGUACUGAGAAAUUAUUUAUAGAACGAUAUCUUCCAUCCAAUUUAUUCUUACAAAAUAGAAUAUUUAAAAUAGAUGCAGUCAAAUUAUUUCAUCAAUUUAUAUAUAAUAUACCAUCAUAUAUAAAAAAUGUAGUAUUACAUUUUUUUAAAAGUAAUCAAUUUAUAGAUGUUACUAAAAAAUUAAUAAUAAACUUUUUACAACAUUCUCAUAAAUUAUUAGAUAUAACAAAUCAUAAGGAUGGUCAUUUUUAUCAAUUAGAAAAUAAUAUAUAUAAAUUAGAAACUUUUUUAUUUUCUUGGAAAUAUAAUUAUUCAAAAAAUAAAAAUAUUAUAGAAUCUUCAUAUAACAAACUUAUACAAACAAAUCCAAGUUUUAAAAAUAUGCCAUUAUUAUAUAAUAGAAGAAUAAAAUAUGAUACUAUUAAUGAAAAAUUAGAAUAUAAAGAAGAAUUAGAUUUAUAUGAUAUGAUAGAUAAUGAUUCAUUUGAGCAAUUAUUAGAUUUAUUAAAUAAAGAAUCUAUCAAUUUAGAACAAUUAAGUUUAUUAUUUUCACGUUAUAUAACAAAUGAAGCUAAUAUAAGUGAUUACCCAAAAUUAUAUAUGUUUAAAAAAUAUAUAACAUUUGUUCAAGAUGAAACUUUUUUUUUACGUUUAUAUGAAUAUUUAUAUAAUCUAUUACAUAAAGAAUAUGAAUUACCUCAACCAAUAUAUGAAUUAUAUUAUGUAUUUAUAAAAACAUUUAUAGAAUAUAUAUUAUUACCAGAAAAAUUAAUACAAGAAGAAAAAUCAAAUAAUGUUUUAAAUUAUGAUUUACAGAAUAAAUAUAUGAAUUUCCAACAGUUCUCACAAAAAUUAUUUUUAUGUCUAUUUAAUUUUUAUUAUUAUGAUGAAAUAUAUGAAUGCCAACCUUUUGGAUCUUUCACACAAGAACAAUUCUCAUAUGAACAACAAAUAUUUAAUAUAUUACAACAACCAUUUAUAGAUAUAAAUCCAGUUAUCAAACAUAAUUAUAUAAAUGAUGAUUAUUAUAACUAUGAAAAAGGUCUCAACGGAAAUUAUUUAAGUGCAAAUCUUAACAAUAAUAAUAAUAGUGUAGAUAAUAAUUAUGUAAAUCGUAAAGAUAAAAAUGGAGAUUUUAUACAUGGAAUCAAUAUAAAUAGUGAUAUAUUAAGCAUUUUUAUAAAACAAUAUAUACCAUUAGUAGAAAAACCAUUAGAUGAACAAAAUAUUCAAAUAGAUAUAUUUAACGUCAAAUAUUUAACAUUAGAAAUAACAAAAUUUAUUUUAAGACAUAUAUUAAAAAAACUACCAUAUAAUUAUUUAAUACACAUGAAUUGGAAUGAUACAUAUAUACAUAUAGAUCACAUAAUAGAUUAUCUAUUUUUACACUUUUAUAAAAAAAAUAAAGCACAAUUAGAUCUAAAACAAAAACAAUUACAAGGAUUAGCAAAUAAAAUUAAUUUUGAAAAAAAUAUUGGUAACCUACAUCCAAACGAUGAAUAUAUAUCAAAGCACAUAUCACACGGUAUUCAAAAUUAUGAUAGAUCUACUAAUUUUUUUGGAACAAUAAAUAAUUUAUUAAAAGAUUCAAAUAAGUUAGAACCUACAUAUAGACAUAUUAAAUAUUAUAUUGAUCAUUAUAUAUUACAAUAUGCUUUACAUAAUCAUAUGUUAUUUAAAUAUUUAUAUAACAUAUUCAAAAAUAUAGAUCAAUAUAAAACAUAUUUCCCUACAUUAUCAGAAUUAUAUUUAUAUAUAGACAAGAGGGUCACUAUAAUUAAUGUCAUGAAUAAUUCGUUUCUAUAUAAGAGGAUUCACACACGUGAAGUAAUUCACACAUUCUUAUUACUGUGUCACGCGCUAGGUCUCGACCUCUACGAAUUAUAA